AUGCCCUCCCUCGGCGAGAAGCCAAAGAAAGCGAUCGUCGUCGGCGCCGGCGCCGGCGGCGUCGCCCUCGCAGCCCGCCUCGCCAAAGCAGGCUUCUCCGUCACCGUCCUCGAGAAGAACUCCUUCACCGGCGGCCGCUGCUCCCUCAUGCACCACGACGGCCACCGCUUCGACCAGGGGCCCUCCCUCUUCCUCCUCCCCCAGCUCUUCCACGAGACCUUCAGGGACCUCGACACCACCAUGAAGGACGCCGGCGUCGACCUGCUGCGCUGCGAGACGAACUACAACAUCUGGUUCCACGACGGCGAGCUCUUCAAGCACUCCUCCGACCUCGCCACCAUGAAGGCCCAGAUCGAGCGCUGGGAGGGCAAGGACGGCUUCGAGCGCUACCUGCAGUGGCUCCGGGAGGCGCACACUCACUACGAGGUCUCCGUCAGGGACGUGCUGCACAAGAACUUUAGCAAGCUCUACAACUUGGCGAGGCCGAGCUUCGUCAAGCACGUCGUGAGCCUGCACCCGCUCGAGAGCAUCUGGAGCAGGGCGAGCCGGUAUUUCUGGACAGAGAGGCUGCGGAGGGUCUUCACGUUCGCCGUCAUGUACAUGGGCAUGUCCCCCUUCGACGCGCCAGCAACGUACUCCCUCCUCCAGUACACUGAGUUCGCCGAGGGAAUCUGGUAUCCCCGCGGCGGCUUCCACUCCGUGGUCGCCGCGCUGGUCCGCAUCGGCGAGCGCCUGGGCGUGACGUACCGCCUCAACACGCCCGUAUCCCGGGUCCUGACGGACGGCCAAAAAGCGACGGGCGUGGUCCUCGAGUCCGGGAAAUCCCUCACCGCGGACGUCGUCGUCGUGAACGCCGACCUCGUCUACGCCUACCAGAACCUCCUCCCGCAGACGCCCGCCAUCACGACCUACAACAAGGCCCUGCAGAAACGCGAGGCGAGCUGCAGCUCCGUCUCCUUCUACUGGUGCCUCGACCGCAAGGUGCCCGAGCUGUCGACGCACAACAUCUUCCUGGCGGAGCAGUACCAGGAGUCCUUCGACGCCAUCUUCAAGCGCCACUCCCUCCCGGACGAGCCGAGCUUCUACGUCAACGUCCCCAGCCGCGUCGACCCCACCGCCGCGCCCGAGGGCAAGGACACCGUCAUCGUCCUCGUCCCCGUCGGCCACAUGUCGCAGUCGUCCAAGGACGGCAGCGGCGACGGCCUGGCGCCGCACGAGAAGGACUGGGACGCCAUCGUGUCCCGCGCCCGCUCCAUGAUCCUCGAGAUCGUGAGCGCGCGGACGGGCUGCGCCAACCUGGGCGACAUGAUCACCCACGAGAUCGUCAACACGCCGGUCACCUGGCAGGACAAGUUCAACCUCGACAAGGGCGCGAUCCUUGGACUGAACCACGGCUUCUUCAACGUGCUUGCCUUCCGGCCGCGGACGCGCGCCGAGGGGCUGGAGAAUGCCUACUUCGUGGGCGCCAGCACGCACCCCGGGACCGGCGUGCCGAUCGUGAUGGCCGGGGCCAAGAUCACGGCGGAGCAGAUCUUGGAUGACCGGGGCCUGGAGGUCCCGUGGGCGAGGGGGUUCAAGGGGAUGUUGCAGCCGCAGUCGGCGUCGCCGGGGAAUAAGAAGUUGGAUCAUGUACGAUAUGGGUAUCAUUUUGGGUCGGAGGAGGUUGCGGUCUUGCUGUUUGGGUUGUUUUUGGCGCUUCUUUACAUGGUUUUCUGGCCGGCGGUUCGGGGAUAUGUUUGUUAG